CUUGUCCCCAGGGACCUCCCAGGCAGCUCCUGCACGUCUCCUCCUUGGCAUUCCAGCUGUGGCUUGGCCGGGAUCGGGGAUGGUGGGGAGGCUUUGGGGACAAGACCGUGAGACCCCCCGUGCCAGGGCAGGUCAAUGACACGGCCCAAACCGAGGGGGACAACCCCAAAAUCCCCCCACAACCCAUCAGAGCAGGUGAUGAUCCACAACCGGGCUCUGCUGGCACAUGGAUGAGGAGCCCCAGGACUGGGAAUGCCCCCCGAGCUGGGAGGGGGAUGGUCCAAGACCCCUAAGGAUCAGCCCCAGCUGGAGAAGGGCUUGGAGGGGGAAUAUUCCCGGGGAGCGGCCCCUCCUCCUGCUUCCCGGCGGAGUUUCCCUGGAGGUCGCUGGACGCUCAUUCCCGGUUUUUGGGAUAGGAGGGAGGCUCCGACAAGAGGCGGCUCUUCCCAGAUGAACAACUUCCCAGGCUCUGGGCUGAUCCCAGGAAUCCAGAAGGAGCUUCUUCCCAAGGGAAAUGUUGCUGUGUGCCCGGAUCCUGGCGCUGGCCCUGGCUGGGGUGUCCUACGGAGCUGGGGCUGCCCAUGAAGCCUGCAGGACAGCAGAGCUGGCCGACGUUCUGUUCCUCGUGGGACAAUCCCAGGGCGAGGGCAGGGAGAGCUCCCGGCUGCUCCGGGACUUCGUCGGCAGCACGGCGCGUUCCUUGGAGAACCCGGGAAUGGGGAAAGGAGGGAUCCGGCUGGGAGUGGCGCUCUACGGGGAGGAACCAAGGAUGAGCAUCGAGCUCACAGACCCUGCGACCGUCAGGGAAAAGCUGGCUGGAAUUCUGGAUCCAUCCCUGGGAGGCAGCAGCCUGAGGACGGGAACAGCCCUGGCCUUUGCCACCCGGAUCCUGUCCCGGCCGGACACGCGGAGAGAGGAGGCGGCAAAGGUGGUUGUUUUGAUCACGGAUGGGAAAUCCAGCGAUUCCGUGGAAGCCGAAGCCCAGGCCCUGCAGGAUCUGGGGGUGACGGUGUUUGCUGUGG